AUGUCUCUCGAAACACCACUAUGCUCUCUGCUCAAGAUCCAACAUCCAGUGCUGCUAGCUGGCAUGGCCCGCGCAUCUGGAGCUCCACUGGCAGCAGCAGUAUCUAACGCCGGCGGUCUUGGUACAAUCGGUGGACUAGGAUAUACACCAGCACAACUAUCAGAGAUGCUCACAGAGCUCAAGUCACUCCUCCGGGAUCCCUCUCUCCCCUUCGGCGUGGAUCUCGCCCUUCCCCAAGUCGGAGGCUCAGCGCGCGCAACAAACCACGACUACACACACGGCCAGCUGGAUGAGUUAAUUGAGGUGACCAUCUCGCACGGCGCCAAGCUCUUCGUCUCCGCUGUCGGCAUCCCGCCAGCGAAGACCAUCAAACGACUCCAUGAGGCCGGCAUCCUGAUUAUGAAUAUGGUCGGUGCGCCGAAGCACGCCCAUAAGGCAUUAAAGGCGGGCGUCGAUAUUGUCUGUGCGCAGGGCGGCGAGGGCGGCGGUCAUACCGGCGAAGUGCCCUUCUCCGUUCUCGUACCUGCUAUCGUGGAUGUGGCGCGGCAGUAUAAGAGUCCCUUGACUGGUCAACCGGCGCUUGUCGUUGCAGCUGGUGGUAUUAACGAUGGACGCAGUCUGGCGGCGUCGUUGAUGUUUGGUGCUGCCGGUGUUUGGGUGGGCACGCGGUUUGUGGCUUCCGAGGAGAGCGGCGCUAGUCGCUUGCAUAAGGAGGCUGUUGUUGGGGCGCAGUUUGGUGAGACCAAGCGCACGCUUGUUGUCUCUGGUCGGCCUCUGCGCAUGCUGCCAAAUGACUAUAUCAAGGAAGGUGUUGUUCCUAUGAUGCAUGAUUUGGAGAACGAGAAGGACAUCGAUAUGCCGUUCCUCAUGGGCGAUGUCUCGGCCAGUGUCAAGAAUAUCCAACCAGCCGGGACCAUUGUGAAGGAAAUGGUCCAGCAGGCUGUCGAGAUGCUCAAAGUUGGAGGCUCAUAUAUCACUUCCACAGGGUCUGCGAGUAAACUAUAG